UCUAUGUUUAUACUGUGGCCUCUUGGAAUUAAACAUGACAACGUUUUACUUUUUUUAUCUGAAGCAGCUCCAUACAUGGUAAAAGCAGGAAAAGUUAUACAAAACCUAUAUUCUAAAAUGAUACACGUAACUUGCAUGGCACAUGCGGUUCAUAGAGUGGCUGAAGAAAUUAGGACAAAUUUUCAAGAUAUAAAUAAACUUAUAUCAAGUUUUAAAAAAGUAUUUCUGAAAGCGCCAUGUCGAGUACAAAUUUUAAAAAAUAUUGCUCCCGGAAUUCCUCUGCCACCUGAACCCGUACUCACGCGCUGGGGAACAUGGAUAAGUGCAGCAAAUUAUUAUUGUGAGCAUUUAUCUGAUAUAAAAAAAGUGAUUCUGGAAUUAGAUAAAAAUGAUUCAGUCGCAAUUAAAGACGCAUUAGAACAAGUGUUAAACCCAAAUUUGGAAACAAAUUUAAUUUAUUUAAAAUCUAACUUUGGAUUUAUACCUUCGGAAAUAACUCAGUUAGAGACGUCUGGAAUGUUAUUAUCAGAGUCAAUUAAAUGCAUAAAAAAAAUUGAGUCUUUAAUCCAAAAAGCUCCAAAUAAAAUCGGACAAACAAUAGCAACCAAAAUGGAGAAUGUAAUUUUGAAGAAUAAUGGAUUUAAAAUUGUAACUAACAUCUCUGAAAUGCUAGAUGGCAAAGGCGCAAGAGGAGAAGAUAUUCCAGAAGAUUUAACUACUGAUGACAUGACCUACUUCAAGUAUGCACCCAUAACGUCCGUUGAUGUCGAGAGAAGUUUUUCAUCGUACAAAUACUUAUUAACUGAUCGACGUCGUCGUCUUUUGUUUGAUAACAUCAGACACAUAUUAAUUGUACAGUGCAACAAUGCAAUAUGAAUAUUAUUAUAACAUCAACAUCUUACCACUAAUAAUGAAAAUAUUUUUAAUAUAAUUUUUUUUUAUUUAUAUUGAAUAAAUUGAUAUUUUUUUUUUAUUGAAAUUUAUUUAUAAAUUAUUUAAAUGC